CAUCAUAAAACAUCAAAGUUGUUACUUCGUACGCAAAUACAUUAACUAAAAUUAAAGAAAUAGAUGGCGCGGCGAUAAAAGGAACUAAAUGUAAAGCAGGAUGAGAUCUGACACAGGGAUCUUCUAUAAAACUAUGCAUCAAAAGUGCAUUCGUUUUUUUUAUUCUUGGCCGAAGAAACGCAACUUUCUUAAAAUGCAUAAUUGCGUAAUUGGAAAAUACAAAAAAAUCAGGAAAAAACCACGUAUUAAAAUAUAUAUCAAUCCAAUGCAAAUAAGAGAAGCGUUAAUACAUUUGGCGACCGUUCUGGAACUCUAAUAUAACUAACAACAUGAAAAUGCAGUGCAAUCGUAUAUUGGUAAAAUAUAUACAAAUUGAUGUAUUGGUAAUUUUGGCAAUUAUUAGACUUGGAAAUUCCAAUUAUAUUGGUGCUCGCAAUCGAGAAAGAAAUUUAAAUAAUAACAACGGAGCUAAAGCUGAAGAAUCAGCACAUAUCGUUAAUUCUGGUGGUGUAAGUACAGUUGGGGAAGUGUUUGUCCCAAAAACAUUUUCCCUAAACUCACAGGAGCCAACAUGCGAACAGCUUCGUGCCAUGUGGAUAUUUUCAAAAAGGCAAUCCCGAGCUGCAGAAAUCACGAAUGAAAUACCAACAUACCGGGAUCCCUUUACUUAUAAUGUUUGGGAACCGCUUUUAUUGAACUCACGAAUGCUCGGAUCACUAAGAAUGAGCGUGAGAGAAAGAGCUAGGUCGCCCGUUUUUGGCCGUGUUGUCAACAGAGAGCCGAAUACCCCACAACGCGCUCCAUUUGAACACCAUCAAAGAUUGGUUGAAUUGGGACCAGGUUCAAGUCAAUCUCGGUAUUACGGAGCCGAAUCUCGCCCACAAAACGGGGCUUCUUUGUCAUCACGUAGAUCAAGUAAAAAUCGAUAUAUGGGAGUCCCGAAUGGUACCGGCAAUAAUGCAAAAGAAAGUCAAAAUUCAGUUCCAAUACAAGGCAGUUUUCAAAAACUGAAAGAGUUGAUAUGGACAGAGAGAGCUAAGGAAUUGACAGAGCAACGUAGAGACGAGGAGUUAGCUGCACGCGCUGCAGCCCUAAAAGAAAUUGCCAACGGGAAAAACGUUCUACUGAAUUAUAAUCCUCAAACUGGUAGUCCAUCGGAUUCUAUAUUAAUGGAUGAAAAUCGCAGCCCUGAUGGAAAUAGUUACCAAUAUAGUGACGUUAAUCGCAUGUCAAUUAUAAAUGAGCAAAAUUUUCAGAACGACAAAAGUAAUAAAAAUGGACAUAGGACUGGCGCCAAAGCUACCACAAGACGCAUCGGCAAUACAUCUUCUUAUAAUAAAAAAGAAAGUCUAUCUAAUAAGGAACACAAGACUUUGUUUCCUGGAAAUAAUCGAGCAGCCCGCAUAAAAAUUCCAUCAACUGAGCUUUUUUCCAUUGAUUCCACCGAAAGAGAUCAUUCCGUCAUUGGUGUUCCAAGGCAUACCCAAUACGAAAAUCGCAUUUCAGAGAGCGAAAUCGAUCUCUUUUAA